UCAGCGCAUGGGGUUUAAAGAGGAGAGAGAAGGGAACACAGUGGCGAGAUUUCUAUCAACUCAACAACACAGAUAUAUUUUUACAGAACAAGAGAAGGUAUUAUUGGACACAGGACCCCUCUCAUCUUGCAAAAUGGCAAAAGGGGACCCCAGGAAACCCAAGGGCAAGAUGUCCUCUUAUGCCUACUUCAUUCAGACAUGCCGAGAGGAGCACAAAAAGAAAACCCCUGAGAUUCCGGUCAGCUUUUCAGAAUUCUCCAAAAGGUGCUCUGGAAGAUGGAAGGCAAUGUCAGAUAAAGAGAAAUCCAGGUUUGAGGACAUGGCCAAACAGGAUAAAGUGCGUUACGAUCAAGAGAUGAUGCACUACAUGCCUGGCAACAAAAAAGGCAAAAAGAAGGAUCCCAAUGCCCCCAAGAGACCACCCUCUGGAUUUUUCAUAUUCUGCUCGGAGCACCGUCCACAAAUCAAAGCUCAGUACCCCAGCUUGGGCAUUGGAGAUGUGGCCAAAAAGCUUGGCGAGAUGUGGAACAGCCUUGGAGAUGCCAACAAACAACCCUACCUAAUAAAGGCCAACAAGCUUAAGGACAAGUAUCAAAAGGAUGUUGCAGACUACAAGACGAAGGGCAAGGUUGGGGGCGUGCCCAUGGGGAUGGGAAUGGGUAUGGGAAUGAUGGGCAAUUGUAUGGCUCCAAAACCCAUGAUGAAGAGCAAUAUGGAUGAUGAAGAGGAUGAUGAGGAUGAGGAAGAUGAAGAGGAUGAUUAUGAUGAUGAUGAUGAAUAGACUUUCAUUUUUGUGUGUUUGAUCAACAGUAAUUACUAUUUUCUCUCAUUGAAGUACAGUAAGAUACGGAAUACACUGGUGGUCUCUCAUAGCUCCAUUAUUGUUUUAAUAGAGGUGGAAUGUUUUGUGUACUGUGGGUGAGAGACUAACUACCACAGCAUCAUACCUCCAACUUGUGUGUGUGUGUGUGUGUGUGUGUGUGUGUGUGUGUGUGUGUGUGUGAGAGAGAGACUGAAUGCAUGUGCACAUGUUAGGAUUUCAUAUCAUCAUCAUUGCCCAGUGUCUUCCUAGCCCAUGUUUGUAUCCGUUUACCAAUUGUAUAACAAAAAGCAUUUAAACGACAUACAAUUUCUCUAAAUGUAAAUCCCUGACUGAUAUAUUUUCUUUUUUCUCAGAGUUCUCUGAGAUUGUUUGUAACUCUGUAUAUGGUUGAAAUUGAGUAGAGAUUGUUUCAUGGUUGUAGUUUGUUGCAUGUGAAAGGUGUCAUAGUUUGAUACUGUGCACCAGUAUCAGACAUUUCAUGCUGAACAAGUCAUUAGCUUCUGUUCCUUUUCCCUGUCUGUUUUAGGAAAACCCUGCAGAUGAGUGCAAAAGAGCAAUUCCUACCAGCACAUCAAUUAGUCCUACUGCAGGGGUGUAUGCUCAAUGUUGUCCACUAUACUACAUUAGAUGUUUGCACAUCUGAGAUCAAUAUAGGAAAGAUAUUUAUUUUAUCUUUCCUAUUUAUUAACUACUGUGUGAUCUAGGAAUGCGCAGAUAUAGAAAUACAGAUACCCAAUAAUUAUUUUUUAUGUUAUCUCUGAAAACAGAUGCGUUGGCUGAUAUUAUAAAUCAAUAAAUCAGCAUUCAUACUAAAGCUCCAAACAAUAUUUUACAUGUUUGUGUAAAAUGAGGGGAAAUCAAUCUGGCAUAAAAGAAUAAUGUUUGUAUUCAGGAAAAAAAAAUGUAAGCCCUAAUAUUAUCUGCUUCCAAAUUUCAGCAAAUGCUAAUAUUGCCCAAUGUCAAUAUGGUCUCCAAUAUAUUGUGCAUCCCUAGUUUAUCCUUAUAUGUUUUCUUGAAUAUAAAGUGUGAAGCAAUGCAACAGCCGAUGAAAAAUCUGUACUUAUCUGUAUCUACAGUUUUCAUUUUAUAUGUUUGAAGUUUGCGAUUAAAUUGAAACAUUUUUA